AGUGCAGCAGCUGUUGCUCGCGUGCUACUCGCCCGUCCGGGCCGCGCUGCCCGGGCACAGUCACACGGCGCAGUGGGGGAGAGGAGGGCACCGAGUCCCCUUCCCAGCUCUCCGGGGACCGAGUGGGAAGAUCCCGGCUCCUGUCCUCCCCUCGCCUCUCCAGCGCUCGCCCAGCCGGGGAGGAGGAAACGAGAGCCGCGCGCAGACACCUCCUCCUCUUCCUCCUCCUCCUCCUCCUCCUCCUCCUCCUCCUCUUCAGCUGCUGCUCCUGGUGCCGCCACCGUCCGCCAGUGCCUGUUGCUGCCGCCGCCGCGGGACCCGCUGUGUCCUCAGCUGGGUGGAGGAGAGACGGGCGCCAAGCCGAGGGGAGCCCCCUCCCCAGCCUCCCGCGGCUGGAAGAGCGCAGCAAGCAGGGCACGAUGGACGCCCCGCCCGCCCAAGCCGUCCCCAGGACGCCCCCGAGCACCUGCGCGUUUCGGCCGGGUCCCGGGCUCUGAGCGCGCCGCGGCACAGGUUUUUGCAGAUGAAGUAUGUGAAAUAGAUUGCUUGGUCCAAAACAGAAAAACAGUGGCAGCUGCUUUGCUGAGUGCCCAGACCCUUCCCAAGAUGGAACCAAUAACAUUCACAGCAAGGAAACAUCUGCUUCCUAAUGAGGUCUCAGUGGACUUUGGCCUGCAGCUGGUGGGCUCCCUGCCUGUGCAUUCCCUGACCACCAUGCCCAUGCUGCCCUGGGUUGUGGCUGAGGUGCGAAGACUCAGCAGGCAGUCCUCCAGGAAGGAACCUGUAACCAAGCAAGUCCGGCUUUGUGUUUCACCCUCUGGAUUGAGAUGUGAACCCGAGCCAGGGAGAAGUCAACAGUGGGAUCCCCUGAUCUGUUCCAGCAUUUUUGAGUGCAAGCCUCAGCACGUUCACAAACUGAUUCACAACAGUCAUGACCCAAGUUACUUUGCUUGUCUGAUUAAGGAAGAUGCCGACCAUCGGCAGAGCAUCUGCUACGUGUUCAAAGCCGACGAUCAAACAAAAGUGCCUGAGAUCAUCAGCUCCAUCCGGCAGGCGGGGAAGAUCGCCCGGCAGGAGGAGCUGCACUGCCCGUCGGAGUUCGACGACACGUUUUCCAAGAAGUUCGAGGUGCUCUUCUGCGGCCGUGUAACGGUGGCGCACAAGAAGGCUCCGCCAGCCCUGAUCGACGAGUGCAUCGAGAAGUUCAAUCACGUCAGCGGCAGCCGGGGGUCCGAGAGCCCCCGCCCCGCCCUGCCCCACGCCGCGCCCACUGGCGGGUGCCAGGAGCCUGGGCGCAGGCCCAUGCGCAAGUCCUUCUCCCAGCCCGGCCUGCGCUCGCUGGCCUUCAGGAAGGAGCUGCCGGAUGCGGGCCUCCGAGGCAGCGGCUUCUUCAGCUCCUUCGAGGAGAGCGACAUUGAGAACCACCUUAUUAGCGGACACAAUAUUGUGCAGCCCACAGAUAUUGAGGAAAAUCGAACUAUGCUCUUCACGAUUGGCCAGUCUGAAGUUUACCUCAUCAGUCCUGACACCAAAAAAAUAGCAUUGGAGAAAAAUUUUAAGGAGAUAUCCUUUUGCUCUCAGGGCAUCAGACAUGUGGACCACUUUGGGUUUAUCUGCCGGGAGUCUUCUGGAGGUGGCGGCUUUCAUUUUGUCUGUUACGUGUUUCAGUGCACAAAUGAGGCUCUGGUUGAUGAAAUUAUGAUGACCCUGAAACAGGCCUUCACGGUGGCUGCAGUGCAGCAGACGGCCAAGGCACCAGCCCAGCUGUGCGAGGGCUGCCCCCUGCAGGGCCUGCACAAGCUCUGUGAGAGGAUAGAGGGAAUGAAUUCUUCCAAAACCAAACUAGAACUGCAAAAGCACCUGACGACAUUAACUAAUCAGGAGCAGGCGACAAUUUUUGAGGAGGUUCAGAAAUUGAGACCAAGAAAUGAGCAGCGAGAGAAUGAAUUGAUUAUUUCUUUCCUGAGAUGUUUAUAUGAAGAGAAACAAAAAGAGCACAUCCAUAUUGGGGAGAUGAAGCAGGUAUGGCAUUUUUGUUUUAGCCACUUGGAUUUCAUCACCUUCCUGUUGCACCUAAAAAUGUCUUUAGCUUUUGAAAAUGUGGGAAGAUGUGUCCUAGACAGUGGUAGGGAUCGUGGCUUUGACAAAGAACUUCUCUGGCCACGGGACUUCAAAAGCGGCCGGAGGACAGGUAAUAAAGCCAGAGGCCUGCAAGAACACUCCACCAGUGUGGAUCUGAAUAGCUCCGUGUCGAGUACAUUAAGUAACACCAGCAAAGAGCCGUCUGUGUGUGAAAAGGAGGAUUUGCCCAUCUCUGAGAGCUCCUUCAGGCUCCUCGGCUCCUCAGAGGACCUGUCCAGUGACUCGGAGAGCCAUCUCCCAGAAGAGCCAGCUCCGCUGUCGCCCCAGCAGGCCUUCAGGAGGCGAGCAAACACCCUGAGUCACUUCCCCAUGGAAUGCCAGGAGUCUCCACAACCGGCUCGGGGAUCCCCAGGGGUUUCGCAAAGGAAACUUAUGAGGUAUCACUCAGUGAGCACAGAGACGCCUCAUGAACGAAAUGUGGAUCCUUCACCUGCGGGUGAGUCUAAGUGCCGCCCAGGUCAGUCUUCAGCUCCUGCUCCUCCACCUCGUCUUAAUCCCUCUGCCUCCUCGCCAAACUUUUUUAAGUACCUAAAACAUAAUUCCAGUGGAGAACAAAGUGGGAAUGCUGUGCCAAAGAGCAUCUCCUACCGUAAUGCCCUGCGGAAAAAACUUCAUUCUUCUUCCUCUGUGCCAAAUUUUCUAAAAUUUCUGGCUCCUGUAGAUGAAAAUAACACCUCUGACUUUAUGAACACAAAAAGGGACUUUGAAUCCAAAGCAAACCAUCUUGGUGAUUCUGGUGGGACCCCCGUGAAGACCCGGCGGCAUUCUUGGAGGCAGCAGAUAUUCCUCCGAGUAGCCACCCCGCAGAAGGCGUGCGAUUCUCCCAGCAGAUAUGAAGAUUAUUCAGAGCUGGGAGAGCUUCCCCCACGAUCUCCUUUAGAACCAGUUUGUGAAGAUGGACCCUUUGGCCCUGCACCAGAGGAAAAGAAAAGGACAUCUCGUGAGCUCCGAGAGCUGUGGCAAAAGGCUAUUCUUCAACAGAUACUGCUGCUCAGGAUGGAGAAGGAAAAUCAGAAGCUCCAAGCCUCCGAAAAUGAUUUGCUAAACAAGCGCCUGAAGCUCGAUUACGAAGAAAUUACUCCCUGCCUUAAAGAAGUAACUACAGUGUGGGAAAAGAUGCUUAGCACUCCAGGAAGAUCAAAAAUUAAGUUUGACAUGGAAAAAAUGCACUCGGCUGUUGGGCAAGGUGUGCCACGUCAUCACCGAGGUGAAAUCUGGAAAUUUCUAGCUGAGCAAUUCCACCUUAAACACCAGUUUCCCAGCAAACAGCAGCCAAAGGAUGUGCCAUACAAAGAACUCUUAAAGCAGCUGACUUCUCAGCAGCACGCGAUUCUUAUUGAUCUUGGGCGAACGUUUCCUACACACCCGUACUUCUCUGCCCAGCUUGGAGCAGGACAGCUGUCACUUUACAACAUUUUGAAGGCCUACUCACUUCUGGACCAGGAAGUAGGAUAUUGCCAAGGCCUCAGCUUUGUCGCAGGCAUUUUGCUGCUUCAUAUGAGUGAGGAAGAGGCGUUUAAAAUGCUCAAGUUUCUGAUGUUUGACAUGGGGCUGCGGAAACAGUAUCGGCCAGACAUGAUUAUUUUACAGAUCCAGAUGUACCAGCUCUCGAGGCUGCUUCACGAUUACCACAGAGAUCUCUACAAUCACUUGGAGGAGCACGAGAUCGGCCCCAGCCUCUAUGCCGCGCCCUGGUUCCUCACCGUGUUUGCCUCACAGUUCCCGCUGGGAUUCGUAGCCAGAGUCUUUGAUAUGAUUUUUCUUCAGGGAACAGAGGUCAUAUUUAAAGUGGCUUUAAGUCUGUUGGGAAGCCAUAAGCCCUUGAUUCUGCAGCAUGAAAACCUAGAAACCAUAGUUGACUUUAUAAAAAACACGCUACCCAACCUGGGCUUGGUACAGAUGGAAAAGACCAUCAAUCAGGUAUUUGAGAUGGACAUUGCUAAACAGUUGCAAGCUUACGAAGUUGAGUACCAUGUGCUUCAAGAAGAACUGAUCGAUUCCUCCCCUCUCAGUGACAACCAAAGAAUGGAUAAAUUAGAGAAAACCAACAGCAGCUUACGCAAACAGAACCUUGACCUCCUUGAACAGUUGCAGGUGGCAAAUGGUAGGAUCCAAAGCCUUGAGGCCACCAUUGAGAAGCUCCUGAGCAGCGAGAGCAAGCUGAAGCAGGCCAUGCUUACCUUAGAGCUGGAGCGGUCGGCACUGCUGCAGACCGUGGAGGAGCUGCGGCGGCGGAGCGCAGAGCCAAGCUGCCUGGGGCCUGAUCAUGCGCAGCCCGAGCCCACGGGUGACUGACAGCUCUGGGAGAGAGAUUGCAACACCAUCCUCCACUGUCCAGGCCUUAACUGAAAGGGACAGAAGAUGCUGGAGGGAGAGAAGGAAGCUGAAGUGUGCUUCUCAGGGAGGAAACUGGCUUGCCAGCAAGUAGAUUCUUACAAACUCAGACUUGCCAUUCACGGGGCGUGUCCCAGUGUUUUUGUUGUUUUAGAUUCUAAAUCGUCCCUUCUCCAGUCCUGAUGACUGUACACAGUAGCUUUAGAUGGUGUGGACACGAAUAAAUGCAAGUUAUGUUUUCUUCUUGGUUCCUUUUUGAGUAUCAAUCACUGUGUUUCUAAAGAGCAUUCAUAAUACCGUGGAAUUUCAAACGCUGGAAGAGCUCAAGAUUAUUCCUCAGGCAAAGGUGUGGGUCCUUCAUUCUUCCAAGACGGUUUGUGUGACUACACCCUCAGUGUCACUGGCAAGGUGCAGCUGGCUCUUGCCUAUUCUUGUUAUGGAAACCUAAGAUGAUCAUUGGGAAGAAUUGAAAGUGAUUUAUUUAAUUUUGAUAUAUUGAUCACUGUCAAGUGAAACCGAUCUCUCUCCUUGGUAUUUAAGGAAGUUUGUCUUUAAAAAAAAAAUAGAGUGUUUUCAUACAUUUUUGCUUGUCCCAGAAGUACAGGUGAUCAAAGUCACAGUAGGUAGUUGCUUUAUGGGACAGUUGACACUUUUAGAUCCUACCAGGUAUUGCUAGCACAUGAACUGCAGUUGUAGGGUCUGAAAUAUUUCUUUCCUGGUAGUUUCAUAGCCACACUAUAGAGUCAUGUAUUUAUUUUUGCCUGUUCUGUGAUGUAAUGCAAUCAUGUUCCUUUGAGUCUCCAUCCCGUGGAAACCUGACUUCUUGCAGAAGGAGUAGGCACAUCAAGAUAUUCAGGGGUGCCUCAAGAGUCUGGGACUUUCAAAAGAUCAGGCUGAAGCUGCAAUCAGAUUUAUGACAGCUGAUGAUUUUUCAGAGGCUGCACACAGUGACUCCUCCCUCAGGAUGACGAGGACCUGUGCCUUCAACAAGCAAAAUGCUGCUCAUGGUUGUCCUGCUUGCAGCCAGUCACUGUGUAAAGCCUCUCCGAUGUGCACUUAGAGUGGGUUGUUUCCUUACAAAGAUGGGGCUCUGUGCAGUCACAGGCCACUUCCUUGACAACAGUCAUUUCUGAUCUUUAUCAUUGUAACACAUCUUCUGUUCCAUAGGAGUUUCUUUCGAUUCUCUCAGUUGUUGGGGGGGGUUUCUUAAUCCUGGGGUGAAAGGAGAGAUUGCCGUACUUAGACUCAUCAUGAGUCUCCCUGAUCAUUUCACAGGGAGACCACAGUGCUGCCCCCAGUGCCUGAACAGGUGGCUGGCACCCGAGACUUCCUCCUGCCCCCUGCUCAGAGGAUAAUGGUUUCCAUCAGAAACCAAGAUGAUGAGUUCAGCCUUUAUCCCUAGUGGUUCCACUAGAUGUAACUUAAAGGAGUUAACAUUUGAGGACUUUGUUCUACAUCAGAUUUUACUAUUUGAAUGUUUACUGUUGGAUUUUGGACAUAUUAUUGUUACUCAAAAACAUUGACUCUGCAUCAAGUAAGAAACAAGAAAGCAAUAAAACAAGAAAUAAUUCAUGCCCA